AAGUUAAUGUUGUGACUGUGUUAUCCAUAUUCCGCUUUCCCAAAAAUAGGAAUAUUGCCUCCCCACGCCACAUUAAUGGUUCCCACAUUUCACUUUCCUCGAUUUGUUCAUUUCUACUUCCUGACUGGAACGAUUUGACGUCUGAGCUCGUCAGCUCCAAGUGACAUAUUUCCGACUACCCAUAAGCCUUGAACGCAGCAUCCACGUAUCGUCACACCGGAACCGGAAAUGCGAGAUGUUUUGUUCAUAAACUAUCGCUCCUUCUCGACGAGGUGUUUGUAGCAUUAGCUGCUUUGUGAGUAGUUUCGGACUUAUUUCAUUCGAGUUUUUUGUCAACGAUACAAAAGUUAAUUGUGUGACUAUGUCGCGGGUAUAAGUACGUUCUUUUAAAAAGAUAGAAUAAAGAUAAUUCUUACGAUAUGAAUCCAACUAACCCGUUUGGAAAUCCACAAGGUGGAGGUUUGCAAGAAUCGAACACCGGAAAUGCUGCUUUGUUCCAGGCAUUUGGACAGCAAACUCCAAGUAGUGUGCCUCAAAAUGUGAAUAUUUUUCAACCAUCAGCAUUCGGCCUACCGUCCGCCUCGAAACAAGCAUCAAGCCACGGUACUAGCAUUUUUGGUCAGAGCUCUUCCUUUGGGCAACAAUCAACACAAUCAUCAUCACUUCCGGGUAGUACCCAAGUAUUUAAUCAGCCUUCUGUGGGUGCCAGCAAGCUGGGAUUUGGGGGCGGUACAGGCUUUGGAUCAGUCAGUGGAACAAACCAAAGUUUUGGACAGCCGUCUGUUUUUGGUCAGGGGUCAGGUUUUGGACAGAAAGGCACAGGAUUUGGAGCACAAGGUUUUGGAAGUACCAAUCAGUCCUCAGGUUCCGCAACUUUCUUAGGACAAACUCAACCGUUGGGUUUUGGACAAUCGGUAUUUGGCCAACAAUCCACUACCAGUACCGCCAGUAGUGUCUUUGGUACGACUCAGACCCAAAACAGCAGAUUCGGAUCUGAAUUCAGUUUUAAGCCUGCCAACGAAGCGCUUUUCAAACCAAUAUUCAGUGUUAGUCCCGAGCCAACGAACCCUCAAACUACUUCCCUGCCGAAUUCGUCUUUCGGCAACACCGCAGAGAAGACAAGCAGCACCAUUCCGGGCUUCUCCGGAGCAAAGUCCGGAUCCCUGGGAUUCAGUUUCUCAGAGCCUGCUGCGGCUCCGUCGCUUCCGGCGCAAAACAAUCCAGCGUCAACAUCCGGUUAUACCGCCGUUUCCAGCGCGCUGCAGUUCACGUUCUCCCAACCGGCUGCCCCUUCGAGUUCCGGCACCAACGCACCCGUCACUCAACCUCAAACCGUGUCAACUUUCAGCUUCUCAUCCAAAGCACUUCGACCGCAGAUGGUGCAACUUCUCGGAGGAACGAGUAUUCUUCACCCGUCAGCGUUUGGUGACAUUAAAUCGAAAACAGACUCGACUUCCGGUCAUAAAGUGUCCCAGGACGGUGAAGCAAAUGUAUUUGCAGCGUUUCGAAAAGGUAUGAAACGUAGAGAUGAGUCCACAACAACGGAGAUGUCCGAUACCGCAGCAGAAACUGUCGCGGAUGACGAUAAAACCGCAGAAAUUUCUUCACCGAGACAACCUCCGAAGAGACCGCUGAUGAGGUCUCGUGGGCCGGCGGCGGGGUUAUUCAGCAGAGCGUUGAGUGGACUGCGAAAAGACGUAACCAACGUAGCGAGACAGGGGGCGAAGGAGACGCCGCAAAAGAAAUCGCAGACGCAGGAAGAAACGAGCGAUCAUCCGCAAAUAUACGACGAACACGUGACGGCGUCCACGUCCGGGACGCAAACCACAACCCCGGGGGUGUUGGAAAACAUUGACGAGUCAGAGUCACCGAAACCCUCAGAAGUGACGACUGAAACGACGACGCCUUUAAGAUCUGUUGAGCGAAGCGAGAGCGUGGACAGCCUCAGUGGGACGUCUCCCACUAACUGCACUGCCAUCCAGUGCAGGAACGUUCCUCGGGCCCUCAACAAGAGGAACAUCAUAGAGAAGCAUUUUUCCCGCUUCGGAAAAGUCUGCAAGGUGUUUUGUCGGCUUGCCAAGAACUUGGCUAUCGUGCACUUUGACAGUCAUGCGUCUGCAGCAAAGGCAAAGAAAAGAGGAAAACUCCUGCAUCGGCAUGAGCUCCUCCUCUUGUGGCAGCGAAAGAAAUCAAGUCCAGGGGACAAAGACAGCAGACCCGCAUUAGCAAAAGAAGACCUUGAGAUUGCAAAGGAGGACACGGGUUUCAAGUCCGCUUCCUCUCCCCUCAGAAGACCAGUGCUGAGGCCUCCUGCAGCUAGCAGCACCUUCACUCUUAACUCAACUGCGAAGAAGCCGCUCAUGGUCAGGUCUCUCCAGUUUGAUUCCGAACCUCUGAAAGAGAACAUCACGGAAACGCAGAGCACCGAGUUCCCCGUCCCAUCCUCUAUCCUACCCCUCAUUGGCCUCGUGGCCGAGACAUCCGAGGACAAGUACCGCCUGCUGGAGCAGAGGGACAAGAUUUUGCGUCAAGAUCGAACCAAAAGUCCGGACAUGGAUCUCUCUAAGGUGUUUGUGGGAACGUGUCCUGACAUGUGUCCCGAGAAGGAGCGAUACAUGCGGGAAACGAGGAACCAGCUGAGCAUAUAUGAAGUCCAUCCAAACACAGAAAUGGUGGAUCACGAAGCAGCCAUCAAAGAGUACAGUCGUUCAUCGGCGGACCAGGAGGAGCCCCUUCCCCAUGAACUACGCCCCCUGUCGGUGCUCAGCAUGACCAUGGACUAUCUGGUCACCAAUGUCAUGGACCAGGGUCAUGACAGCUUGCGGGACUGGUAUGAUUUUGUCUGGAACAGGACCCGUGGCAUCCGGAAGGACAUCACGCAGCAGCGUCUGUGCUGCCCACAUACGGUCUCCCUCAUCGAGAAGUGUACUCGCUUCCAUCUCCAUUGCGCUCACCACCUCUGCGAAGAACCCAUGUCGGUCUUCGACUCCAAGAUCAACAACGAGAACCUGACAAAGUGCCUGCAGAGCCUGAAAGAAAUGUACGAGGACCUGAAAGACCGUCAUAUCUACUGCCCCGGCGAGGCGGAGUUCCGCCAGUACAGCGUCCUGCUGAAGCUCAACGACGGCGAUAUCCUGCGUCAGGUCCAACAAUUCCGUGAUGAAGUCCGCAACUCUUCAGAGGUGCAUUUUGCGGUGCAGGCGUUCGCCGCACUCAACAGCAACAACUUUGUGCGUUUCUUCAAGCUGGUGAAGAAAGGGUCCUACCUGGCCAGUUGCCUGCUCCACAGAUAUUUCAAUCAGGUCAGAGCAAAAGCAUUAAAGAUCCUGAACAUCGCCCACACCGUGGGUCCGCGCUCGACUGCUUUUCCAGUGGAAGAUGUUGUUCGGAUGUUAAUGUUCCGUAGUGCCGCAGAAGCGACCGACUUUAUCCAGCAGUACAGCCUCAACGUCAGCGAUGGUUUGGUUGAUCUGAAUCGGAUAGCCUAUCAGGAGCCGGAAUUGCUGUCCCAGAAGAAGUCUGAGAUCAUUCUGGCUAAAAAAACAACCCUGAUCGGAGAGGUUGUGAAUGGGGGCGUCCUCCCCAAGCCUCCUCAGCACGUACCCGUCUGUAGCUUUGACUCCCAGAACAAGUUCAGAGGAGAGGUCCCGAUGGCUGAGCCUGUGCUGGAUCCGUUUAAAGCCAUUGCUACCAGAGUGGAGGUAAAGACCCCGCCCAGUGUUGAACUGCAGACCCAGCCCUCGCCGCCCAGACCUGCAGAUGCUUUGGGUCCGCAAGAGGCUGUCCCGGAUAAGACGGAAGAUUCCUUCCGCAGUUUGUCUCCCCUUGCAGAUGCCCAGCAGCUCUUCCAGCCUCUUUCACCACCGCAAGUGAAAGCACCAUCACCUCCGCCAAAACCCCAGCCAGUCUUCAACGACGAGGAUAUUAUAGCCGAAGUGGAGUCUUUGAUUGAGGAAAUAAUCGUGACCGCUACCAGGGAGGUCGCCGCGGACGGCGCCGGUUAUGUCACAACAGCUCUAAGUGAGAGCAGCGUCCAGUCGGAGUCGCUGCUGACCGAAGUUCUCGUAGGGAUGCUGCAGGAGUUGUCGUCUUCCGAGCUCCGUCUGGAACAGGAGCGAGUGGCCGAAGAGAAACGCAAGAUUGAGGAAGCGAGGCGAGCACAGCAUGAGAAAGCACAGCACGUGGCUAAAUGUUCCCAAGAGGUCUGCGCUGGUUUAAUUGAGGAGACUUUAAAAGAAGACAUGGCCCUGCUGGUCCAAGAGAUCCUGGCGGCUGAGCUCCAGCGUGCUCGCAAGUACAUCAAAAGAUGGCGUGACGUGGUGGCAGUACGUCGGCAACUAAAGAGACAAAUGAGAGGCUUUCCAGCGGCCCCUUGUUUCGUUGAUCCUCGCUUCAAGCUAAAGGCGCUAGUUCCCAGCGCUCCGGCACAGCAGUCCAUAGAAGAUCUUGCGUGUGGGAUGGUUAACCUCGGAAACGGAGGGAAGCUGUCCCUAUCCAGCACCAGGGUUUUAAAAAGCAGACAGUUAGCAGUCCACCAUAUUAGAGUCCAGCGCUUCUACCAGCAGCUUCUUGAAGAGUUGGUGUGGGCGCCGCUUGACCUGCCAACGCUGGUGACGGAAAAUCUCCCCAACGCGCCCGAUAGAAUCUUCUGGAAAGCCGUUGUCCUUCUCCCAAGUGACGAUGAGGAUGUAGCCAACCCGGCAAACAGGAUCCUGUCAGACUGGCUGCAAGUGAAGCUUGGUGGGGGUCAGGGGUCAAAGGUCGUGGAGGAACAACAGGACGGUACACUGCAGACCCUCUUCCUAUCCGACACCUUCAAGGAGCACAUGCAGCGCAACCAUAAAGUUCACGUCAGCGUCAAGGUGUCGAGAGGUCCCCUGAGUGAAGACGGCUUGACUGAAAUGGAGGAGUGCUUGGAGCUGCAAGGGACGGCGGCGCUCGUCAUGUUGCUUCCCACAACAAGCGCCUCGGAGCCCCCCCAGCGGGACGUCACCAUGCUGUCGGCUUUGCUUCAGCUCAAGCAGCUGCAGCAAGCCAGCGCCUGGCACUGUCCGCUGCCUCUGGUUAUUCUGGUGCCUGGCACUUGCAACGCUGAGACGCUUGAAGAAGAACUGAUGCUGCCUACCCUUGUGAAGGAUGGCUUCAUAUCCCAAUACACAUUGCUGUUCAUACCCGAAACCACCAAUGACGCGCAGGGAUCCAAACAGCUAAACUGUGCUAUACGUUGGCUGCUGUCCCGUGCACCGCCAUCCGUCCCGCUCACCUGCCAGACCCUGAUGCAUCUCGUAGAGGUCACCUUGACUCAGGAGUUCAGUCGCAGGGUUUCCGCCCUCUGCCAGGAGUGGGCCGCCGCCGGGCUCCCUCCCCAGGAUCCGUCUCCCGUCGUCGAGCUGUACAACGCCGUCAUCCGCCACAUUGCGGACAAAGUCUCGUCCCAGGAGCUCGCCGGCAUCUCGUGGCCUCCCGGAGAGUUCUGCCACCCCGACACCAGAGAGUUUCUUCCUCAUGUGGGCUGGAACUGCGGUCCACACCUGGCCUGGUUACGCCGGACCAUCCUCAGCCUGCAGCUGCCGCAGUGGAGGCCGUUUUCUCCCACAGACACGUGGUCAGAGCUGUGCUCGGGCAUCCGCGCCUACGCCGCCGACAUCCCGGCGACGCACGGCAACCAGCCGCUCAUCAUGUCCCGUCUGGAAAACCUACUGGAGCGUGUCAGGCAAAAAGGGCACCACAGAAGAAGAAGCGCUUCCAAGCAGAGCUUCAUCACCUGGGAUGACGACCACGACGACGCCGCCAUGUGCCCUGCGUACAAUCAGAUCCCUUGGGUCGACGUGCUGUUCAUCUGUAUUGACCACAAGCUGAAAGACUGGCAGAUCCCCGGACCCCCCGUCUGUGAAGACGCUCUGACGGACGAUGGGGAGAUUCUGGUUUACUAUCUCAGCGAGUCGCUAAAGGGCUUCCAGCCACCUGAAGACUGGAUGAAGGCCGUCAGGCUGACUCCCCGGGACAAACAUCAUGACAAAAGGACAAGUCCAGCUGCCUGUGCCACGCCCGGCAGCUUCCCGUUCAGACAGAGAUUGCUCACCAGUCUGGUGGAGCCACUGGAGUCCCAGACAGCACCACUGGUUGCCUCUCAUACGCCCACUAGAGUAGAAGCCCUGACCCAUAAAGUGCUGCAGACGUUAGAGCAGGAGAAAGCCGAAAGCGAAAGGAGUACACAGCAGCUUCAACAAUGGCUAAACGGCGAUUCCUUAGACGACUGGUCCACACCUCUUCUCCUUCCAUCCUCCAUCUUGCUCUCCGUGCCAACACUUCUAAAGCAAACACACCCAGCUAAGCAUCAAGACGCCAUUUUCACAAAGGAAGCUUCUGUGCCAGCGGAGAAGGACGAGUGGGCAAAGAGAAACGCUUCGUCAUCCCUGACGGAGCAGCUCAAGCGUCUUCAGCAGCAGAUUGUAGCGAGCCAAGAAGAAGAGUUGGCCUGCAAACUGAAACUGAGCGCUAUGAUGAGCAUCGUUGAAGACUGAACGAGUGACUUCAUUUAUUUUUAUGACUUGUCUUAAGAGUUUUAUAGUUUUUGAAAAAGCAAUAAAAUAAUGGAAGAAACCUA